AACGGUUCCUUAAGUUUGUUGUUUGGAAAAGAAAAUCGAUUUAGGAGGUUAGGGGUUUUACUAAGCAAAAUAGAGAGAGUCACAAAUGGAGAAGAAUAGAGCAAGUGAGACGAAGAAGAUGAAUGGAGCAGCGGCAGGAGGAGGAGGAUUCAAGGCCAAAUUGGAGCAUGUCUUAUAUAGCGGUGAAAAGAAGCACGUCAUAGGUGGCAUCGCCGUCAUUGGCGUUCUCUUCGGUGUUCCCUGGUACUUCAUGACCCGAGGCUCCAAGCAACAAUCUCACCAAGAUUACAUGGAGAAAGCUGAUAAGGCACGGAGUGCUAGGCUCUCUGCUGGUUCAUCCUCAACUAAAUAAUGAAAAGGGUUACUUCAACCAGGUUUCCAGUGCCAGUUUUUUCAGGCUUUUAAGUUAGGAGCAUGCUGUGCCCAAAGGACUUAUAUAGAUGCCUCUUUUGGACAAACUUUUGUAGUAUGAACUAUAUUUUGCAUACAACAGGAAUACCUAGUUUGUGUUUUUCUAUCUUCAAGUAUGCUGGAGGUUGAACAUGAGGAAGUUUAUUAGUUUUUUAUUGGCUUCGGAUUGUGAAAUACGUUGUACUACUGAUUUAACAGUCGUAGAUUAACUAACUACGAACGAUGUACUGAGAUUUGCUUCAUUUAGUGGUGUGGUGAUGUAUAUCAUCAAUUUGAA